UUACGAGACCGGGGCGCAAACCCCAGUCGGUGCGUGUGCCUGCUCCUCCUCUGCUCCACAGGGAGCACGCGGGUGACCGGGGUGGGAGGCUCCCACCACAGCAUCCAGCAUCCCAGCAUCCCCCCAUCUGUGGUGAAGCUGUGGGCCUCAGCGUUCGGAGGAGAGAUGAAAUCCAUCUCGGCAAAAUACUCUGGCUCCCAGCUGCUGCAAAAGAAAUACAAGGAGUUUGAGCGGGCGGUGCGGGUGGAGGAGAUCGACGGCUUGCGUUUGGUGAAGAGAUUGGCAGAGGACAUGGAGGAGAUGUUCCAUAAGAAAGCCCAGGCCAUGAAGAGGCUGGUGGAGGCAGCAGAGGAGGCCCACCUGCAGCACGAGGAAGAUCCAGACCUACAGUAUGAAUACUUCAAUGCGGUGUUGAUCAAUGAGGUGGAUGAGGAGGGUAACAGUGUCGAGCUCGGUGGAGAAUUCAUCCUGCAGCCCAAUGACCACUUCAAUAAUCUCUCCGUUAAUCUCAGCCUCAGUGUGGUCCAGGUGCCCACCAACAUGUACAACAAAGACUCUGCGAUAGUGAAUGGAGUGUACUGGUCUGAAGCCUUGAACAAGGUGUUUGUGGAUAACUUUGAGAGAGACCCAUCACUCAUCUGGCAGUACUUUGGCAGUGCCAAAGGCUUCUUUAGACAGUACCCAGGGAUCAAAUGGAAGCCGGAUGAGCACGGGGUCAUAGCCUUUGACUGUCGCAACCGUAAGUGGUACAUCCAGGCCGCCACCUCCCCGAAGGACGUGGUGAUCUUAGUGGACGUCAGCGGCAGUAUGAAAGGCUUGAGGUUGACCAUCGCGAGGCAAACCGUGUCCUCUAUCCUGGACACGCUGGGAGACGAUGACUUCUUCAACAUCAUCGCUUACAACGAGGAGCUGCACUACGUGGAACCGUGUCUGAAUGGCACGCUGGUUCAGGCAGACGUCACCAACAAAGACCACUUUCGGGAGCACCUCGACAAGCUGUUUGCUAAAGGCAUUGGCAUGUUGGACAUCGCUCUGACCGAGGCCUUCAUCCUCCUCAAUGAAUUCAACCAAACAGGGAGGGGAAGUGUGUGCAGCCAAGCUAUCAUGUUGGUGACCGAUGGAGCAGUCGACACCUAUGACGCAGUCUUUGCAAAAUACAACUGGCCUGAUAGGAAGGUCCGCAUAUUCCCCUACCUGAUUGGCCGAGAGUCCGCCUUUGCGGAUAAUCUGAAAUGGAUGGCGUGCGCCAACAAAGGAUACUUUACUCAGAUCUCGACACUGGCGGACGUGCAGGAAAACGUGAUGGAAUAUCUCCACGUGCUAAGUCGUCCCAAGGUGAUCGAUCAGGAGCAUGACACGGUGUGGACUGAGGCCUACAUCGAUAGCACCCUCCCUCAGGCCCAGAAGUUGGAGGACGGUCAGGGUCCAGUUCUGAUGACCACCGUGGCAAUGCCGGUGUUCAGCACCAAGAAUGAGACUAGGAAUCGAGGCAUCCUGCUUGGGGUGGUUGGGACUGACGUGCCCGUCUCUGAGCUGCUGAAGACCAUUCCCAAAUAUAAGCUGGGUAUUCACGGGUACGCCUUCGCCAUCACCAACAACGGCUACAUCCUCACCCACCCGGAUCUGCGGCCGCUGUAUGGAGAUGGAAAGAAGCGAAGGAAGCCUAACUACAGCAGCGUGGAUCUGUCCGAGGUGGAAUGGGAGGACAAGGAUGACACGCUGCGGAACGCUAUGGUCAACAGGAAGACCGGCAUAUUUUCCAUGGAGGUGAAGAAGACCGUGGAUAAAGGGAAACGUGUGCUCGUCCUGCAUAAUGACUACUACUACACAGACAUCAAGGGGACUCCUUUUAGUCUAGGGGUGGCCCUUUCCAGAGGCCACGGCAAGUUCUUCUUUCGAGGGAACGUCACAGUGGAGGAAGGACUUCAUGACUUGGAGCAUCCUGAUGUGGCGCUGGCAGACGAAUGGACGUACUGUAACACAGACGAGCACCCGGAGCAUCGCUACCUCUCGCAGAUCGACGCCAUCAAGCUCUACCUCAGCGGACACGAACCUCACCUGCAGUGCGACAAGGAGCUCAUUCAGGAGGUUUUGUUUGAUGCCGUGGUGACCGCUCCUUUGGAAGCUUACUGGACCAGCCUGGUGCUCAACAAAUCAGAGAACUCGGAUAAAGGUGUGGAGAUAGCCUACCUGGGCACGAGGACCGGCCUGUCCAGGAUUAACCUUUUUGUGGUGCCGGAUGAGCUCACCAAUCAAGACUUCUUGACGGCUGAAGACAAAGAGGGGGUGUUCAACGCCGACCACUUCCCCCUGUGGUACAAGAGGGCCGCGGAGCAGGUUCCUGGCACCUUUGUGUACUCCCUGCCCUUCAACACAGGCUCAGAGAACAAGAGUGUUGUAUUGGCCAGCACUGCCAUUCAACUUUUAGAUGAGAGGAAAUCACCCAUCGCUGCUGCUGUUGGCAUCCAGAUGAAGCUGGAGUUCUUUCAGAAGAAGUUCUGGACAGCCAGUAGACAGUGUGCAGCGUUGGAUGGGAAGUGCUCCAUAAGCUGUGACGAAGAGAACAUCAACUGUUACCUCAUCGACAACAACGGCUUCAUUCUGGUAGCAGAGGACUACACCCUGACGGGGAAGUUUUUCGGGGAAGCAGAGGGCGCCGUAAUGAACAAACUGCUGCAGAUAGGCUCCUUCAAGAGGGUGACUCUGUAUGACUACCAGGCUAUCUGCUGGAUCUAUUCGGAGAGCAGUGACAGCGGACACACGCUGCUGGAUCCGUACUUUGCCUUCUUGGCGGCCGUGAAGUGGAUCCUGACCGAGCUUGUCAUAUUCCUGGUGGAGUUCAACUUGUACAGCUGGUGGCACUCCGACCUGGCGGCUAAAGCCCAGCGGUUGGGACGGACCAUGCAGGUACCAUGUGACACAGAGUACCCAGCCUUCGUCUCAGAGAGAACCAUCAAAGAGAACACGGGCAACAUUGACUGUGAAGGCUGCAAUAAGUCCUUCGUGAUCCAGCAGAUCCCCAGCAGUAACCUCUUCAUGGUGGUGGUGGACAACAAGUGUGACUGCAGCAUGAUGGAGCCGAUCACCAUGGACCCCAUCGAGAUCAUGUAUAACGAAUCUCUGAAGUGCGAGAGGCUGAAGUUCCAGAAGGACCGGAGACGCCCGGAUACCUGUCACCCGUUUCACCCAGAGGAGAACUCCAUGGAGUGCGGCGGAGCGUCGGGCCUCUCUCCGUCCCUCACGGCGACUCUGCUGUGCGUCCUCUUGGCGUUGUUCCCCAGGUGA